CCCCAAUCCACUACAACAUCCAAACAUGACUCGCUCCCACAAGUUCACUGACCGUGACCACGCCGGCAUUGCUGAUGGCACUGCCGAGCGUGAGUCAAGGCUUCCUCGCUACUUUGCCAAAGCUGGGCACGCUGAUGCCGACCCGACUAACACUAAUAAGGGCGGCUCCGGCAUAGGCAAUUGGGGCUCACCCGGCGAAGAACUCGUAUAGACAUCCGCCCCAACAUGGCCAAAGCCCGGCGUCGCUCAAACUCCUCCACCCACGUCAUGGAGGACUUCAAGACCAAAUUCGAAACCGUCGAGAUCGAGCCCGUCUUCGAAGAAGAGAUCCACGGCCCCAUGGGCGAGGAGCUCGAGAAGCAGAGCACCGCUUCCUCCGACAAGAGCAUCGACGAGGAGGACCAUGGCAAGAAGUAUUAGCCCGCUGCCUGGCCCGAAAGGGAGGCGGGGUUGAGGGGUGAAACUCUCGGAUACUGAAUACUGGCGUGUACUAGCUAGUCGUCGCUGUGAAAUUCGUCGCUGGUCAUGGUAUUGACUAUGGGUAUGCUGUUGUGGUUGGGUCCAGACAGUCACCUACAUAUGUACUGUACUAGCUCUGUCGGGAAUCUCUUUCGUUGUCGAUCAUGAUGGCUGCGGAACAGCUUCCAUGACAUUGCAACGCUCUUCCUUUGAUAGGAAUCUGUAACGAGUAUAAGGAAUAUUAACGAUUUACGAAC